AUGCGUCGAUGCCGAUCCUUUGAUUUCUCUAAAGCAUUUGAUAAAAUGUGUCAUGUAAAGCUAUUAGGAAAACUACAGCAAGCUGGAAUACAUCCCUUAAUCAUUCGCUGGAUCAAGGAUUUUUUGACAGAACGCACCAUCAGUGCCCCAAGGAGGAGUGCUGUGCCCCCAUACCGUUCAAUAUUUAUGCGUUUGAUCUUCCUUGGUGGAAAGCUAUGGAGUAAGUUGUAA